AUGCCAUGUCGCAUUGGCUUCUGGAGCUCGAGCAGAAACCAUCUCCUUCUAAACGCCUUCGGAAAAUGUCGUGCUCAACAACGUGGCUGGGGCGCCUUUCGCUUGAAUGCGCCUCAUACUCUCCUACGCUUCCAGUCGGCCUCGGCGACAGUCCCUGAUCUGGAAGAAUGGCACACAAGGGCAAGCCAGCACGCAAUCUCUGACACAAUAUACGCACUAUCUACUGCUCCCGGUCGAGCUGCUAUAGCAGUUGUCCGUAUCUCUGGCCCAGCAUGCCUUCGCAUUUACCAACGGCUCUGCCCGAAUCGUGGACCGCCGAAACCUCGCACCGCGACGCUACGCCGGCUUUACGAUCCCGACAACCCUCGAUCCUCCGAUCCCCGAGUCCUUGAUACUGGCGCACUGGUACUAUACUUCCCCGCUCCAAACACGGUGACCGGCGAGGAUGUGCUCGAGCUGCACGUUCACGGCGGCCCCGCUAUUGUUCGCUCGGUUUUGGACGCCAUAUCAAGAUGCGGGCACUUCAUGCACGAAAGAGGAGGAGCUGUGAGACAAGCAGAACCUGGCGAGUUCACAAAGUGGGCAUUUUAUAACGGGAGAUUGGACCUCACACAGGCCGAAGCAUUGGGGGAAACCCUCGCAGCCGAGACCGAACAACAGCGUCGUUUAGCUGUCAGCGGAGCAGAUGGCGGGCUCUCUCAAAGAUACGAAGAAUGGCGUACCAUGCUGCUAUACGCGCGAGGAGAGCUAGAGGCUCUCAUCGACUUCUCCGAAGAUCAACAUUUUGAUGAGUCGCCGAUUCAAUUUGUGACGUCCAUCUCACAACAAGUCCGCGCACUGAAGAGACAGAUUGAGCUACACCUUCAAAAUGCCUCCAAGGGGGAGCUGCUGCGUAAUGGCAUCAGCAUAGCUUUCCUGGGUGCACCCAACGCCGGCAAGAGUUCCUUGCUCAACCAGAUUGUCGGACGAGAAGCUGCAAUUGUCAGUGCUGAGGAAGGGACCACUCGAGACAUUGUCGACGUCUCGGUCGAUCUCGACGGCUGGCUAUGUAGACUUGGCGAUAUGGCCGGUCUCCGCGCCAUCAAGGCUAUCGGACAGCAGCAGCAACCUGUCGGCUUGGUGGAACAAGAAGGGAUACGUCGAGCAAGAGAGCGAGCUCUGCAAUCCGACGUGGUCUUGGUGCUGUUGUCGGUCGAGAUGGAUAAAGAUGGAAAUCCACAAGUCCGCGUCAAUGGGCAGGUUCUUGAGGCAGUGCAGGAAUGCGGUGCCGCCGGCAAGACUAUUCUCGUCGUUCUAAAUAAGAUUGACCUGCUGGGCAUAGAUGAUGGACCAAAACAAGAAGGCAUGGGAGCUUUGCAGACACGAAUCCGUCAGAUAUUUCCAGCGGUCCCUGAGCGACGCAUAUGCAUGGUGUCCUGCAAAGGGGCAGCGAAUAGCCUAGUCGGCUCUGACCCUGGCGGCAUUCAGGCAUUCCUCAGACGACUGACCAGCACGUUCAUGGAAUUAACGACAGCGUCAACCGGCGAAGACAUUGCAGAUGCCAAAAUGACUGCAGCGGAAGCACAGUCCUACUGGGCCACCUCCCUCUCAGUCACGCAUCGGCAGACCACGUACCUGUCGCAGUGCUUACAUCAUCUGGAGGAUUUCCUCGCCCACACCCAGUCUCACCUGCAUACAGCAGCAACGGAAAUCUCCGAUUCGUGCAGUUCCUCCACUGAUUACAUCGCUGAUCGCCACAAUGAUUUGGUCGCUCCAAAUAUAGCACAGGUCGACGGAAAUGGAGAUCCAGAUGGUGUCGACAUUGUGACUGCAGCGGAACAUCUCCGGUUCGCGGCUGGUUGCCUCGCCAAGAUCACGGGUAAGGGAGGAUCCGGCGACGUGGAGGACAUUCUGGGAGUCGUCUUCGAAAAGUGA